AUGCUCGCGCCGCCGCUCAACGUGCCCAAGUGGCUCGAAGAAAAUGGGCACCUCCUUCAGCCGCCCAUCAACAACUAUUGCGUCUACAAGGAGGGCAUGACCGUCAUGAUCGUCGGCGGCCCCAACGCGCGCACCGACUACCACGUCAACGAGACGCCCGAGUGGUUCUACCAGCACCGUGGAGCCAUGCUCCUCAAGGUCGUCGACGACGGUGACGUCUUUCGCGACAUCGUCAUCCCCGAGGGUGGCAUGUUCCUCCUGCCGGCCAAGACGCCGCACAACCCGGUCCGGUUCGCCGACACGGUCGGCAUCGUCGUCGAGCUGCCCCGGCCGGCCGGCUCCCUCGACCGCAUGCGCUGGUACUGCGGCGUCUGCAAAGGCUCCGUCGUUGUCCACGAGGCCGCCUUCCACUGCACCGAUCUCGGCACCCAGAUCAAGGCCGCGGUCGAGGCCUUCAGGGCCGACGACGCCAAGAGGACUUGUCCCGAGUGCGGCGAGCUCGCCGACUGGGAGCCCAAGCGGGGGUCGAUACCGGACCCGAACCAGGUGCCGCGCGCCUGA